AUGAGCACCUUCGCGCAAGUCCUCAAGGAGAUCGGGGAGUUCGGCCCCUUCCAGAAGCGCCUGGUGGCAGCUUUGUGCGUCCCCAACAUCUUCGUAGCUUUCGAUAUCAUCGGGCAGGUUUUUAGCGGUCUCAGUUUCCCGAACUACUGCAACACUGACUGGAUCCUAGAUCUGGCAGAUGCAAAUUUGACGCUAGAGAGGCAAAAGGAGCUGACAAUCCCCACAAAUCCAGAUGGAAGCUACGAGAGUUGUCUCAUGUACACGCCGGUCGAUUCGGACUUGGAGACCAUCGAGAUGUAUGGCCUCAACUCCACCACGGGUUGCCUGAAUGGAACCCGAUUUGAAGUGCCGACCGGGGCGUCUAGCAUUGUGACAGAGUUCAAUCUAGCGUGUGAAGGGAGAACGUUUAUUGAGGCAUCUCAGUCAAUUUACAUGGCCGGACUUCUGGUUGGUGCCUUUGUAUCAGGCUCCAUGGCUGACAGGUUCGGUCGCCGGUUUGUGGUGUUGCUCGCCAUUCUUCUUCUUAUGUUGUUCGGCGUCAGUUCCGCCUUCUCUCCCAACAUCUACGCCUACAUUGCUCUCAAGUUCCUGUGUGGAGUGUCUAUGGCAGGAAUUCUAACCAACGCAUUCGUCAUAGGUGGCGAAUGGUGCGAGUCUUCCAAGUUUGCCUUCUGUACCAUCGUUAGUCACGCUUUUUAUCCCAUUGGCCUUAUGCUGUUGUCUGGUCUGGCCUAUUUGAUCCCCGACUGGAGGAUGCUCCAACUGGCCCUCUACGGCCCUCUUCUUCUUGUACUGGCCGUAUAUUACUGGGUUCUCCCAGAAUCCGCCCGCUGGCUCCUCACUCAGGGCAGGAAGGAGGAGGCCCUGAAAGAGGUUUGCAGAGCAGCAAAAAUCAACAAGAGGAAAGUGUCCCCACAUUUGCUGGAUAAGAUGGACGUUGACGGGAAUACGAAAAGAGGCACCAUGUUGGACAUCUUCAGGGUUUCAUAUCUGAGAAAACGAGCGCUCAUCAUGGGUUACGUCUGGUUUGGAAUCAGCGUGAUGUACUACGGACUGAGCCUAAACGUCGGAAACUUUGGAUUGAACAUCUACCUCACGCAAUUCAUCUUUGGCCUAGUGGAGAUUCCUGCCCGUUUGGGUUCUUUGCCGCUUAUCGGACGCUUCGGGAGGAAACGAUGCGAGGCCUUCUUGUUAAUAUUCGGAGGAGUUGCUUGCCUUUGCAUUAUCCCCGUGCCCGAAGACCUUCCUGUGGUUGCGACGGUCAUCGCCGUACUUGGGAAAUUUGCAUCCACUGGCUGUUACUGUAUUGUGUAUGUGUACACAGCAGAACUGUACCCAACCACACUAAGGCAGAGUGGUGUAGGUCUGAACUCUAUGUGUGCUCGUGUGGGAGGCAUUUUGACUCCUCUUAUAAGGCUCCUGGGUGUCUACCAUGAUGCUAUCCCCAUGGUUGUGUAUGGCGUCGUACCUAUUAGUGCGGGGGGCCUUUGUCUGCUGUUGCCAGAGACUCUCAACGCAGAACUUCAGGAACAUGUCGAGUUAAAGUGA